AUGGCAAGAUGGAACGGACCUGACUUUAACACGAAUGAGCUCGCCUUCGACGUGAUAUCUGGCAUGCUGCUUCCCGCAGGACUCGGCUGUUCGGGGUAUGCGAGAGGUCAGCACGCCAUUGACGUCACUUUGAAGAAGGCUCCCUCUUCCAUUUACCUCUGGUGGUUCGGAUUCCAGCAUGCAGCAUCCGAUUUCGCCGGUAUGCAGAGCGGAGAGCUCAAGUUCGGAAAGAUGGAAGCAUUGGUCACCUUUGCGCUGGCAUGUAACGUGAUUCAGGUCGUUGAUGCUUCGCGGAAAGUCUACGAGAUCUUCACGCAAUUUCGCAAACUUGGUACCACAGCAAGGGCCGACGAGCUGCGACAUAGCACCCAGCACCUAAUGAAAUGUCACAACUCCCUGCAAAACUCAUUGUCAGGCGCCUCGCACUUCCCACUCCUAGAGAGUGGCGUGGAUCUUGCUGAGCUGAGCAGAAGUUGCAUCGAGGCAGCAAAAGAUCUCGAGGAUGAGUUGCAAAAGAUCACGGUUAAACCUGGUUCUAGCAGGCUCUCCGCCUGGACUAAAAGCUUCAGAACCAAGAUGAAAUCAGAUCACGUUGAAGCGUUGAAGCGCAAACUCGACGAAUGUGCCAGAGUGUUGGAUUCUGCCACCCUGGUCCAUCUAAGCCAGAACCUGGGAACUCUGGCAGCGCAGCAGACAAAUAUCCUGGAUCAACUAAACGACUGGCAGUGGAAGAUCUACUCUGAGAUUGUCGCCGGCAAUACUAGGAUUGACAGCCUCAUCAAGACAACCGCCGAAGACGUCAAAGCUCACACAAUUCUAGAACACAAUAUCACGCGGCGCCACAUCGACAGAAAAUUCGACGAUUUUGUCGAUGCCAGGACAGCUCAGGCAAACUUUGACAGAUUCAGGGAAAGUUUGUCCUUUCCGGAGAUUGACCAACGGCAGGAUACCAUCGAAGACGCACACAGGAAAACCUUUGAAUGGAUUUUCGAUAGUACUGCACAUACCAAACGCCCAUGGGACAAUUUCAUGCUGUGGACACAAGACGAUAAUCCAAUCUACUGGAUCUUGGGGAAACCUGGUUCGGGCAAGAGUACUCUGAUGAACUUUGUGGUCCAGAACGAGCGAACACGAGAAGCAUUUGAACAUAAAUUCGCCGGCCAACAACCACUUAUCAUUACUUUCUUUUUCUGGGAAGCAGGGGUCGACCUCCAGAAGAGUCAAGUCGGACUUCUACGUUCUAUAAUCUGGCAAAUCCUCGAGGAAAUGGAUGCUACCACCUCGAUCCAAAUCUGGUCGACCAUGUUGCAGAAGAUCUCACCACCUUUACCUACUGUUUGGACCCAAAAGCAGCUGCGGCAAAUUCUCCAGUCGCUGGUGCAAGGAAUAUGCAAUCCUAUCUGUCUCUUUCUUGACGGCUUAGACGAAUUUCAAGGCUUGGACGACCACUUCGAAGCCAUACGAGAUAUUAUUGGCGUUUUCCGACACCGCCAGAAGACGAAAAUAUGCAUCGCAAGUCGGCCAUCUGCAUGUCUCGAUUCUCUGUACAAGACCUGUCCACAGUUGAGACUUCAAGAUCUUACCGAGUCUGACAUUACCCGGUACGUCGAAGACAAGCUCACCAAGAUCCUAACAUCGGACAACUAUCAAUGGCUCGCAAUGUCAGCCUCGAAAGAGAUGCAUGAGUUAAUUAGGGAAGUUGUGGAUAGGGCAGAAGGAGUUUUUCUUUGGGUCCGCCUGACUGUCGAAUCACUUGUUCGAGGCAUUCGGAAAGAUGAUGACUGGCGGAUUUUGGUCAGACGCCUUCAACAAAUGCCGCAAGGGAUUUUCAAUCUUUAUGAACACAUGUGGAAGCGCAUGAAUGAUGCCGACCACCCUUUCUACGCGAGGGAAGCUGCAGCGUAUUUGCAAUAUGUCCUACAAUAUCCUAAUUGCUCCUUGAUUGACAUGACGAUUGCCUGUGACGAAACUUUACAGGAAUCGUAUUUGGACAAUUUAGCAACAUGCGACUUGAAAACUUUGGGACAGGAAUUGAAUGCUGAAACAUUAAAGAAAAAGAUACUCACACGCUGCGCGGGCUUUCUCGAAAUACAUGCAUGGAUCGAUGAGAAUGCGAAGGUUCGAAGUCCUUGGGGGUUGGAAGAUGGAGACACCGACCUCAUCCACUAUCCAGAGACCAUGAAAAGACUUAUUGAGAUCGGCAAGAAUCACCGAGAGCUGUAUGUGUCGUUUCUGCACCGGACUGCCCGAGAAUAUCUUGAGACGGAAUCCGGCAAGAAAUUACUCCAAGCUCAACCUCUCAUGGACCACGAGCUUCACAUGAUGCGAUACAAGUCUACGUUUGUUAUGAUCUUAUUGGGCGCCAUAUCGGUAGAACGAUAUAUUUUAAGUCACACACUCUAUGUUUUGAAUCUCUCAAAUCUCUCAACGUUCGAUAAUUACCUAGACAAUCACCCUGAAAUUGCCUGUGCAAUGUUUGUGCAGCUGGGGGAGAUACUCGAGAAACUCAGGCCCUGGGGUGUUUUUUCUGGCGAAGAGAUGCAGCGGGCGUGGCAGGAAUGUUUCAAUGACGCAGGAAAUCUGGAUUACACCAAAGUCUUUGCUCCCUUCAGCCAUCCGGCAUACACAAAACACAAGUUGACACGCUCAGGCUUGAUUCACAAUAGAGCCUACUUGACUGACCUUCUUGGCUACGCUUGCCGCAUGUCGGUAAUCAAUCGUUAUGUCGACGUGAUAAAUGCAGAGCUCUUGCUGGCAUUGGGAGCAGAUCCGAAUCAAAUGUUGCUCAUCGAUCCGGCCGACGGGGAUACGACGAAGUACAGCACUAUAUGGACCUGCAGUGUCCUGAACAUGCACCCUAGUCCACUAGAACGUACGACCCGCGCUUUCAUCGAGGCUGGAGCUGACCUCGACACCUGCAUUCAAUUUCCAUUAUACUCAGCAGGGGAAUAUCAUGACCGUUGGAAACCCCUCCGAAGGAUAAGGGCCUAUGACCAAUCAUUCGUUCUGGCUGGGUCGGCCACCGAUGGACCAUUGUUGGUGGUCUUUGAGCCGCCAAAUGCGUGGCGCACCGUGGCCUUAGAACCCUCUGGUAACACGGUGCAAGACAAAAUCAUGGGAGAUUUCUGGGACCGUGGCUGGAUGGACCACAGCGACGCUCUGAACUUACUACAGGUUCAAGACGAAGUCAACGUGAAAUUUUACAGCCACGGAAUUGAUGCACUCCGAGCAGGCGGCUUUUCUGAUGAGGAUAUACAAGAGCUCGGGAUUCCGCAGACGAUAUGGCAGGACUAUGAGCCAGGAGGGGGUGAGGCUCACGGCAUGAAUCUGACCGAAUCUUCGUCAUUGAAUCUACCCAGGCCAUGUAUUGAUGAUCCAGCAACAUGA